CAGUCCGACAACUUGCGUAAAAUUCCUCUACAGAUAUAACAAUGAGACAGAUAUUUCACUGGAUGUAUAAAUGUGAAGCAUCCGGUGUGCGGUUCCACUCACUACCAAAUAUGGCAUACUGGCGGGCUGGGGGAGAAGUUGGAACGAUAUGGAUUUUGGCCGACAUUUUGCAAAUCUUUUAAUCAAUUAAACAUUUAAUCUCAAUACAUUUUCUGUUCCCAAAACUAGAAUCUGUUAUGAACGGGACGGACUAAGUUUUGUAGCCUUACCAUUUUCAAAAGUUUGUAAAAAUCGAGUUGUUUAGGCGUUCCGUAAAGGAAAUAUGCAGAUGUUAACUAGAACGUGCCAAUAGGAUAUUUCUAGCGCGUGCUUGGCUCUGCUCCUUGCUUGUUCUGCCCACUCGGACUCAUUUGUUGUCAUUGGAAAUGACAAGUUCUGGUCUAUCUUGGUUUCCUUAAAAAUCUUUGGCUCCUGCAAUCAUUUUGAGACUGCGGCGCGGGUUGUACGGUUGAUGUCCAGUUAUUUCCAACCCACAUUUUUAACAGUCUCACUCUCUUCUUGAUCUUGUAUUAGGAUCUAGGACUAAAAAAAGCCUCUGGAAUCAUGAGUAAAGUGCAAGGUGGGAUGAAAUGCGUGAAAUAUCUCCUUUUCGUUUUCAACUUCAUAUUAUGGCUGUGUGGCUCAUUUGUGUUGGCAGUGGGAUUAUGGCUGAGGUUUGACCCAGAGACAGUCCAGCUCCUGACUGGAGAGGAAGCGCCUGAGACCUUCUUCAUAGCCGUGUACAUACUGAUUGGUGCAGGUGGGGGAAUGACGCUGGUGGGAUUCUUUGGUUGCUGUGGAGCUGUGAAGGAGUCACAGUGUCUCCUUGCGUCGUUCUUUGCCUGCCUUCUUGUAAUCGUUGGUGCAGAGGUUGCUGCAGGUGUGUUUGGAUUCAUGAGCAAAGACAAGAUCAUUGAAGAUGUUCAAAAGUUCUACAGUAAAUCUAUUUCAGAAGGUUCUGAAAAUGCCAACCGGACGGCAAUAGCAGCAAUUUACCACACUGUUCUGAAUUGUUGUGGGGACUCCGUGACUAACCCGUCUCUGUGUCUUCCUGGUGAUGAAGACCUAAAAAACUGUCUGAAUGCAAUAACGGACUUUUUCAAUGAAAAGCUCUACAUUAUCGGAUAUGUGGGGAUUGGUGUUGCAGGUGUAAUGGUCAUUGGUAUGAUCUUCAGUAUGGUCCUCUGCUGUGCAAUUCGGAACAACAGGGAGGUGAUCUAGAAAGAGCCAGUAGCUCCAGCCUUACCCCUCCCACCCUGCAGGCUUAAUACCGACUCACCAGCCCUUUAUAAUCACAAUGCCUGAACAAGGAGGGUACAUCACAUCUGGGAUGGAGGACAGGGGAGCCCUUUUUAACACAAACAUUCAAGUCCCAAUUUAGUGGUGCGGGUGUGAUAUCACACACUGAAAUGUUGACAGGGAUUUCCCCGUCCACUGGACAGAGGCAGUUAGACCAGAACCCCUCUCUCUCCUCUGGCAUCUCGGUGACCUGAAUAACUGGCCUCUUACUGCACUCCUCUCCAAGCACAACGUGGCUCAGCAUCUGGCACUACUCUGAGACAUCCCCCAUGGUUCUCAUCCUCUAACACUGCCAUGUUCAUGUACCGUCUUCCUCUUUGACGCAGGAAUGUGAUGGCUGAGGAGCAUUGCUGUAUACAAACUCCUUUGUGUGCUGUUUUUAACAUUAUUUAUUCAAUGUCUUGUAACCUCAGUUCAAGGGUUAAUUUUGUGUACAGAGCUACUGUAGUCGUACGUUGUCUGCUUGUAAAGUUGUAUUUAGGUCAGUAAUCUUAACUUCAGUCAUUGAGUUUUACAUAACUGUUGUUGGGACUUGCACCUACUGCAUGCAUCAUACCUACUGUAUGCAUCAUUACUCACUAAAUGUCUCAAAUGUGUAUCUUUGUAUAGACAAGCCCAAGCAAUCUAUUCCUACCACAGCUGCAUAUUCUAUUAUCAAAUUGUAUGUUGUUUUCCUUUGCUUGGCCUGUCAGCAUAGUGUUGCUCUGCUACAAGCAGACCCUGCACCUUGUUUUGGAAAAGAGCUGAUUUCAACUUGACAAACAUUCUGAAGAACUUUUGUCAUUAAUAUUCUGUGUCAGGAAGCAGCUACAUUUUAUGAAGCACUGUACUGUCAUUAUUUUAAUGUCCAACCUGAAGUCUGGAUGUUCAAGCCUUUUUGCAGUGUCCUGGGCGAGGCCUCAGAGAACACGUGUGAACUGUUCCAGUGAGUUAGUGUAUAUUUUUGAAUGAAUGCACACAGUUGGCCCACACGGUUGUAGAUCCAGGUUAUGUAUGCUAAUAAUGUCAAACAAAAAAGACAUUGAACGCUUGUAUUUUAUCAGCAUGUCCAUUUGGUAAAAUGAGAUCUGUUUUUAUCCUAUUUAAAUGUUCAUGGAUCUCCCGUGAGAAAGCUAAAAGAAAUUAGACUAUUUAACCUAGUUAAUAGCAGAAAGCUAUUAGCUGUAUUUGACAAACAUUAGGGAUGUGGGGGUCAGUUGAUUGUUCACCCAUCUGCAACCGCCUGACUAUAUGUGAUAAUGGUCAAAUCUGAUGCCCGACCCCAACCAGCAAAUAUAGAAAAUGCACUGUACAGUU